AUGAUGUCGCCAGACGACCAAGCCCUGGAGAACCUGUUGUACAGCAGUGACCUUGGUGACGAGGCAGAGGGGUUGGAGCUGGGUGGCGGCGGCGGUGGCUCAGCGGGGGUGGAGGAAAGUGCUGCUGCAGACAAUGCCCCGACAGCUGUGUCCAUCCAGGAACCAAUGAUAUGCGCUGGCUGCAGUGAGCAGGUGUGCGACCGCUUCUUCCUGUUGGCUGCUGGCAGGGUGUGGCACGGCGCCUGCCUCCGCUGCAGCCAAUGUCAGUGUGAGAUGCAGACGCACCCCUCACUUUACUGGAGAGAAGGAAACAUCUACUGCCAGCAGGACUACUGCAGGAUGUUUGGAGGCGGUCAGUGUGCUCGCUGCUUCCAGCCAAUCCCAGCAUCUGCUCUGGUCAUGAGGUCCGGUGAGCUCACCUUCCACCCUCACUGCUUCUCCUGCCAGGAGUGUGACAUCAAACUCAUGCCUGGGAACCUGUACUGCAUGCAGGGCCAUACCCUCUACUGUCAGUCCCAUUAUCAUGGUGACAGGAGUGUCCCAGUGUCCCACGAUCCUCAACCCAAACCAAAUCUGAAUGAAGCUCAAAACCAGGUCUCAGGUGAAGGGGAGGAGUCAGUCAGCAGUCCAGAGCCACGACCGGACGACAGGGCGACAGGUGGAAGGACCCGCAGGAGGACCAAGCGAAUCCGGACGUGUUUCCGCAGCGAGCAGCUCAGAGCACUGGAGUCAUAUUUCGCCCAGAAGCACAACCCUGACGGUAAAGACUGGACCUGCCUCGCACAUAAGACCGGCCUGCCCAAGAGAGUCCUGCAGGUGUGGUUUCAAAACGCUCGAGCCAAACUUAGACGGUCCCUCACCGCUGACGACUCUCAGGUCAGCUCGCCCUCUGCUCCCCUGAGAGAAGUCACCAUGGCGACCACCUCCCCGUCCCCGGCCUGCUCCCCACCCGACCAUUCGCAGCCCUUCUCCACCAGCACCAUCGACCAGCUGCAGCUGUCCCUGCUCACUGCCCCCCUCAGCGACCCCCCGGUGAGCCCAGCCAUCAACCAGCUUCACCAGCUGCAAAACCCCGCCUUCUUCCUGGACUACGAUUCCCAGAGUGCACCGGGGUGUAUGUCCUCUCUGGAGGCCUAUGAGGACUUUGGGGAGGCAGGAGGAGAAGCAGACAGAGAAGCUGAUGCUGACAGUUCUUUUAGGCCACAUCACUGUUAGUCGAGGGACCUUACGCUGCUUCAACCUGUAACUUUAAGGAACAAUUAGAGACAUUAAAGUUCUAAUACUUAAGAUUUCAGCUGAACUUCUUUAAUGUGAAGCAUUAAAGGCUCUGAUCCGGCUGUAAGACGGUGAGCAGUACACAGUGAGGCUGAUAUCAGUCGGAUCCAAUUACAAACAAUUUGUCUGUUUGUCAACAUUUUAACUGCAAUUCAAUUUUAUAAUAAAUUUCACAGCACUUCCUUUAGUUUGAAAAAAAAAAAAACUUUAACGGUACAUUUACUCGCCUUUAACCACAUCACAUGACCUACAUACUGAACAUACUUGUACUGUUUGAUCACAGUUUCGUCUUUGUGCACCAGCAGCAGUUCAUCUUCCCUUCUGUGUGUUUACACGUAGAUUUGAAACAGUGUGUUAAUGAACUGAAUAUGAAUCAGCAACUUUUUCCAUCAGUGAUUUGUGUCUGUCAUUUUUUUAAAAUUAAAAAUGUGAAACAUUUGCUGCUUUCAGCCUCUGUAAGGAUUUUCUGCUUGGUCUUACAGUUAAAUUGUCAAGGAUGA